CAAGACGAAAAUGAAGAUGUGGAUGAUGCGUUCUCUUUGAACUAUGAUAUUUUAUUAGCGUCUCGUUCGUUGCAAGGGAUCUAUAAAUCAUUAAAUCAUAAUCUUUCUUCAGUUCUACAAAUUCGUAGAGAGAUUCGCUCUAUAGUCGGGGAAUUAACGGAAGUGAGAGAAAAACUCGAACUCGACAAAAAAUUAUCAGGCAGUUGGAUCGAUUAUAUUCAAGAUCUAAUGGAACAUUUGCAUCUCGUACUCAAAACAGGGCUGGACCUCGCGGCUGAAGAAAAGCCAAAAUCGCAACUUUUAGAUUUAUCUUCACCAUCACCGCAAAUUAAAACUUCCAGAGAUAUUGUGUAUACAACUACGCAAGAAAUUCAUGCGCGCUCAAAUUUAACAAGACGUCACACAAUGGAUUCCGAAGAAAUUCCGGUUACUCGUUUGUUUAUUGGAAAUCUGGGGUUUCAAAAAACUCCCUUGAAAGCCAAACGUUUAACGCACAUAUUCAAUCGAGAGUCAUCAGAAGAUGCAAGCGAUGAAUAUGUUGAUGCGGUAGAGAGUCCGACGGAAGAGAAUGAUGAAAAAUCCAGUAUAAAGAUGCGUCGUAUACCUCGAACAUCCGAAAUACAUGUAUUAGCUUCUCGAACUCAGAGUCUAAUGAAGCGAACAAGUUCACUUUUAUCCUUUUCGUCUACUCUCGACACUGUUGUUGAAGAUGAUUCGCAUUCACUGUCGGAGGAUAAUGUCACUUUAUCAUCUUUCUCGCUUGCACCGUCUACAACACCUUCAACGCCAACUUCAUGCUCGCCCACUGAUUCUGUAUUCCAAAUUAAGCUCGGUCGUGAUAAACCUACUCAUUUAUUUGCGGAAGAAGUUACUGUAGGUAAUCCAUUGAGGGUUGGAGUUGGUUAUGGAUCUUAUAUUGUAUAUACAUGCACUAUAAGGGGACAAGAGGGUGCAAAUAUUGUUGCAAGAAAGCGUUAUUCGGAUUUUGUACAGCUGCGCGCGCAACUUAUCAAAGCUCAACCUUCUUAUAAAAAAUUAAUCCCGAAACUUCCUCCAAAGAAAGUUGUUGGUAAAUUCGGGCCUGAAUUUAUUGAGAGACGACGCAGCGAGCUGGAGUAUUUUUUAACCUACGUACUUUUACACCCGAUACUUGGUGCAACUCCCGGUGUACGUCGUUGGUUUAUGAGCGAAAACGGACAUUUUGACUAA